AUGGUACAGGCCGUCGAAAAGAUCUUGGACCAAUUUCACGAAAGAUUCGGACGUUAUCCCAAAGUCGUUCAGUUUGACGAAGGGAAAGAAUUUUACAAUAACGGAGUCAAGGGAUUGUUGGAAAAACACGACAUUCAUUAUUUUUCAACGCAACUGACCGGAAAAAAAGCGGCGGUCGUCGAAAGAUUUAACAGGACGUUAAAAACAAGAAUGUGGAAAUUUUUUACCGAACAACAAUUUACGACAAAGUCAAAAAAAUGGAUCGAUGUCUUAGAUAAUUUUGUUGCAUCGUACAAUCAUUCUAAGCAUCGAACGAUCGAUAUGAAACCUGCCGAUGUGAACGAAACCAAUAAAGAUAAAGUCUGGACAAAACUUUACGGUUAUCCGUUAUCUCACUUUCCGGAACCAAAAUUUAAAGUCGGAGAUCGUGUCCGAGACCAAAUUUAUCGCGAUACUUUUAUGAAAGGAUACACGUCGAAUUAUACCAACGAUGUUUACGUCGUGUCGGAAGUGUUUCGCGGCGAUCCGAACAUGUAUAAACUCAUCGAUCCCGACGAUGACGAUCGUGAAAUUCAAGGAAGAUUUUACGAACAGGAAUUAUCAUUGGAUCUAAGUGGUAAAUAAACAAUGGCCGAAUAUAUCGAACUCGACGAGAUCGGACAUGAUUAUGAUUGGGAUCCGUGGGAAGGGGACGAUUUCGGCGACGACUUGCGUGAAACGACACUGGAUGAUCUAGAUCGGCAAAACGACGAAGUAUGGUUAGCAGAUUUUAAAAGACAGAAUGAAGGUGAUAGGUUCAAAUAUAGAAAAAAAGAAACCAGUUCCUUGUACACGACUGGAUCUUCUGUCGGUAUAAAAUCCGAGUAUAUAAAAAAACUUUUUGGGAACGACUAUAAAUUAAAUCCGAAUGAUGGACCUUAUUCAAAAGAUUUAUUUUCCAGAUUAAAUAUCACCCGCGGAUACUGGCUGUCAGUUGAUAAUAUUGAUGUUGCCUUCAUCGAAAAAAAUGGGGAAUACAAACUAUCCACAAGUCAAAAUGUAACUGUUACCGAUAGCCAAAAAAAUUUUAGAUCUGCCUUUGAAAAAGCAACGGAAGAACAUAAAAAUAAAUUCGUCAGUAUCGUGGAAGAAGAAGUUCCGGAGGGAAAUUUACAGAUCCACGACGACAUUUCCGACGACGUGCGCGAUGAAAUUCAUCACGAAAAUAUCGAUGAUAAUCUUGAAUUUCACGAACGUGUUUUACAGUUUCAUCGCGACGGGAAAUUCACCGAACAAGAAUCCAGGGAAUUGGUUGGAAUUACCGUUCCCAAAGGUGAACCUGACGAACGAAUUAAAUAUUUAAAAGUGGAACGUCAAAAACUUAAAACAGAUUUUGAAACCGAAUCCGAUCCUGAACGUCAAGAUAUUUUUCGCGAAGCGUUAGAGAUCGUCGAUCAAAAUAUCGACGAUGCAAAAUUAGAAAUGCGUGAACGUCCCGAAUCCGAAGAAGGUGUGCAUCGCGUUCGAGAAAAAGUUCGCGAGGAUGUACGGACGAGAUUUGAGAAAUUUAAAAUCUGGGCCAGAGAAAAUCUAGGAGUUUUAUCUGCGAUUGCUAUUUCCAUCGCCGGAAUUAUUACGACCGUCGUCGUCGCCGGAAAAAAGACGUUGGUCGGUGCUGCAAAAGGUGUGGGCGAAGUUGGAAAAGCGUUGGGAAAAAUUGCAAAAGCUGCCCUUCCCGUUCUAAUUCCCAUCUUAAAUAUGUUAGCGACCGUUUUGAAAUGGGGUGCAAAAGGAAUAGAAUUUCUUGCAAAAAAUCUAUGGAUUCUUGCCAUUCUCAUCGCAGGAUACUUGUACAAUUAUUUCACAAAAAGAAAAAAGUAA